UUCCAUCAGGUGAGUCAUACGCAUUACCGCUUCCGGGAUCCCCAUCUCCUGCUUCAAUAUGGUGGAUGAGGCGACUCGCCGAGUGGUGUCGGAGAUUCCGCUGCUGAAGACCUUGGCGAGUCCCCGGGAUAAGGAGCUGUGGGUGCAGCGGCUGAAGGAGGAAUAUCAGGCGCUUAUAAAGUAUGUGGAGAACAACAAGAAUGCCGACAACGACUGGUUCCGACUGGAGUCCAACAAAGAAGGUACCAGGUGGUUCGGGAAGUGCUGGUAUAUCCACGAUCUGCUGAAAUAUGAGUUUGAUGUGGAAUUUGAUAUCCCAGUUACCUACCCCUCCACUGCUCCUGAAAUUGCCAUUCCUGAACUGGACGGGAAAACAGCCAAAAUGUACAGGGGAGGAAAGAUCUGCCUGACUGAGCACUUUAAACCUUUAUGGGCAAGAAACGUUCCAAAGUUCGGUCUGGGGCAUCUCAUGGCCUUGGGGUUGGGCCCAUGGCUGGCGGUGGAGAUCCCGGAUCUGAUCAGCAAGGGGCUGGUGGAACACAAAUCCAAGUGAACCUAGAACCCCCCGGGACAGAUUUCACAUGAACUGAUCCAGACGGUUCCCCCUGUGUCUCUGCCGGAUACUGUGCCCCUCCAUUCCUUGUCGCUCAUCCUACGGUUUUAUUUAUCAGGAUCCGGCAAUGGCGCUCUCAUCAAUAUUCCGCUGUCUGGGGCGCCACUAUAUCUCACGCCAUAAAUACGCUGCCGAAUAAAGUCUCUCAUUGCUGA